GGCUGAACACGCGAACACCAUCAUAGCCCCGUUCCAACCAUGGCCGAAGACAUGCAGAUAAAUCCCCAACGCGUGAAGCAACUCGCCGAAAACAUCGCCAGCAUAACCUCGCGCAUCAACGCCGUGAGCAAAGGCGGGAAACAGGUCCGCCUCAUAGCCGUAUCUAAACUCAAACCCGCAAACGACAUCCUCGCCCUCCACCAACCCUCCAAUCCCACGCAAACCCAUUUCGGCGAAAACUACGUCCAGGAGCUCCUCGAGAAGAGCAAGAUCCUCCCCCGCUCCAUACAAUGGCACAUGAUUGGCGGUCUGCAGUCGAACAAAUGCAAGCAGCUGGCUGAGCAGAUACCAAAUCUGUGGUGCGUGUCCAGUGUAGACAGCGAGAAGAAGGCGAAUGAGCUGGAGAAGGGAAGGAAAGCUUUGAUCGAAAAGGAUGGGGACAAGGUAGAGGGGAAGUUGCGCGUCAAGGUGCAAGUCAAUACCUCAGGUGAAGAAGCGAAAUCUGGCGUUGAGCCCUCGGAUACACUAUCCCUUUGCCGGCACAUCAUAGAAAAAUGUCCGCACCUCCAGCUCUCCGGUCUAAUGACCAUUGGUGCGAUUGCGAGGAGUAAGGAGACGACUGCGGAAAACGAGAACGAGGAUUUCGUCACGUUGAAAGAGACGAGGGAUCAGGUUAUCAAGGAGCUGGGUUGGGGAGAAGAGCAAUUGGAAUUGAGUAUGGGCAUGAGUGCGGAUUUUGAGGGCGCGGUUAAGAUGGGAAGUGAUGAGGUCAGGGUGGGAAGUCAGAUUUUUGGAGAGAGGCCGCAGAAGAAGGAUGCUGUCAUCAAGGAGAAGGAGGCGCAAGAAAAGAGCUAGAUGGUUAAGUGCAGGGGUGUGUUGGGCAGAUACCCGAACGUCUUCUUCGCGCGCAUUGAAGCAGGCAGUCGAUCUCUUACAUUCAUGAUAAGUGAGUGUAGCUUUCGAUUGCUUGUUUGUGUUAUCAGACAAUCUUGAAAUCCAUCUCUACUGACUCUUCUUCAUACAAAUCA